CACACACAACCCACGCGCUCCAAUCUCAAUACUUAUUAACAACACUCCACCCCCUCCUCCUUCUUCAUUCCCAAUUCAAUUCUAGGGUUCUUCCCUUCCCAUAAUUAACCAUGUUGCAGCUUCUCUAUACCGCCAUUUUCGCCCAAAUGUUCGUCGUCAUCACCUUUCUGUUCAAGACACCCGCCAGAAAGCUUGUCAUCAUCACCUUGGAUCGAGUCAAGCGUGGUCGGGGCCCCGUCGUUGUCAAAACCAUCGUCGCCACGUUCCUACUUGUCCUCGCUUCCUCCCUCUACAGCAUCUACAAGAUCCAGCGUCGCACCCUCGAAGUUGCCGCUGUCAACCCUACCGAUCAAGUCCUCAUGUCCAAGCACGUCCUCGAAGCUUCUCUUUUGGGGUUUUUGCUGUUCCUGUCUCUGAUGAUAGAUAGAUUGCACCAUUACAUCAGAGAGCUUCGGUUACUGAGGAAGGCCAUGGAGGCUGCUAAGAAACAGAGUCGAAUUUUCGGGGAUGGUAAAAGUGGGAGUGCAGCGGAGCACAACAAGGCAUUGAUGGAAGAAAUUGCCACGUUGAAGCCCAAAAUUAAGGAACUUGAAUCCGAGUGUGAGGUGAAAGCAAGCACGGCCAAGGCCUUGGAAGCUGAGGUGGAGGCUCUCAGGAAGCAAUCUGAAGGGUUCCUUAUGGAAUAUGAUCGCCUCUUGACAGACAAUCAGAAUCUUCGGAGUCAAUUGAAGGGUAUUGAUCACAGCUCUUCCCAUUUUGAUGACAAAAAGAGUAUGUGAUGGUUCAAAUAUCUAGCAAAUCAAUUAGUCAUGGGUGUUUGCAUAAGAGAAUUGGGUCAGUGUUGGAUAUACUUUUACGUGUAUAAAGAGGAGAGAGAUGUUACGCAGAUUGAGUGGGUUAGAUAUAUUUACGAAUAUUAUUAGGCCAUGUUUGGAGCAUGUGAUAGGAUAAGAUAAAAACCUGAUGAGUUAUUAUAUUAUUAAAUGUUUGAUGUUGUUACCGUAUAGACUGAUUUUGUAUAUACAAUUUUUUUUUAAUAAUGAAGUUAUCCUUUUAUAUAUGUAAUU